AUGGCUCCUGCGCUGCCCACUCCCCAUACAUUCGCCAAAUUCAACUAUCUCAAGUGGCAGGAUAUCUACCGCACCACAAGACCCUUCAGUAAUGCGUUGGCGCUCAGUUCCUCGGACAAAGGGCAAGGGCACAACCUGGUAUUCGAGCGCGGUGAAGCGCAGAGAGUCACCGAUGCAAGGGGAAUCGAGUCCUCAUUUGAUUUGGAUCGGAAUGGCUUCAUCUAUAGAACGCACAAACCGCCCCUAACAACGGAGGAAUUCACCGACGCGGAGAAGGUUGAGAAGGUGUAUCUUGCGGAUUGUGAAAGGGUGCUCCGAGACGAGGUGGACAAUGUUACGGAAGUUGUGAUGUUUGACUGGCGUGUUCGACGCAGUGACUCUACCGGACCAGUCAAGCUAGAAGGCGCAAAGGCAGGAGGUCUUCAGUUGCCCGCGGCAGACUUUGUUCAUAAUGACCAAACGGAGGCUUCAGCCAUCAGACGGACUCGUGCAUCUUUUCCCCCAGAAUAUGCUGAGCGUCUACUCGCCGGUCGAGUUCAGAUGUUAAAUCUAUGGCGCCCGAUAAACGGCCCGGUCGAGAACCACCCACUAGCCGUCUGCGAUGGAAGCAGUUACGAUCCAUCCAAGCUCUUGGAAGCAGACAUUAUUCGGGAGAAGUAUACCGGGCAUAUGAUGUAUGCUUUGUAUGAUCCGGGGAUGGCAUGGUACUAUAUGAGUCGGCAACGGGACGACGAGAUUGUUAUAUUCAAGAGCUAUGAUUCUAAGGACAGGGUGGCGAAAUAUGUCCCACAUUCAGCCUUCGCCCUUCCGGACACGGAGCCCGGGGAUUAUGUGAGGAUGAGUAUCGAGGUUAGGGCUAUGGUGUUUUCGGACACGGAGCCUUGA